AAGGAGCUGACUUGCCUGGUGGUGGCGCGCAGCCGCGGGCCCGAGUGAGUUCCCGGCGUGAGCGUCUCCCCAGCCCAGACCCUGCAGUCCACCUCCUUCUCCUCCUCCUCCUCCUCGUCCCGGCCUUUGGUCCUGGCGGGGGUGGCAGAGGGCGGGAGCCCAGAGGCGCAGGCCGGGCAGCCGGAACCGUCGCACGCCGAGCGGAGCCGGGGGCCGGGGGCCCCGCGAUGGCCGCGGGACGCAGCCACAGGGAGCCGCGGCGAGGAUACCCGGGCGCCCCUCCCUAGCGGGGCGCAGCCUCCUCCUAGCCCGCCGCCCGACCGGCGGGAUGGGGGGCGGAAGGUCUGCCCUGAGGGUCUGCGCGGACCACCGCGGGGGCAUCAACUGGCUCAGCCUGAGCCCCGACGGGCAGCGCCUGCUGACGGGCAGCGAGGACGGCACGGCCCGACUCUGGAGCACCGCGGACGGCCAGUGCUGCGCCCUCCUGCAAGGGCACGAAAGCUAUGUGACCUUCUGCCAGCUGGAGGACGAAGCCGCCUUCACGUGCAGUGCUGACUGCACCAUCAGGAAGUGGGAUGUGCUGACCGGGCAGUGUCUGCAGGUGUUCCGGGGACACACGUCCAUUGUGAACAGGAUCCUGGUCGCCAACAACCAGCUCUUCAGCAGCUCCUACGACCGGACAGCUCGAGCCUGGAGUGUGGACAAGGGGCAGGUGGCCCGGGAGUUCCGGGGCCACCGCAACUGUGUGCUGACUCUAGCCUACUCUGCCCCCCAGGACCUCCCUGGGGCUCCGUGCGCGGAGGAGGCCGUGGCCAGGGGGCUCCUGGUGACGGGCAGCACGGAUGGCACGGCCAAGGUCUGGCAGGUGGCCAGCGGCUGCUGCCACCAGACACUGCGGGGCCACACAGGUGCCGUGCUCUGCCUGGUGCUGGCCACGCCUGGCCACACGGCCUUCACUGGCAGCACGGAUGCCACCGUCCGAGCCUGGGACAUCCUGAGUGGGCAGCAGCUGCGUGUGUUCCAGGAGCACCAGGGCCCCGUCAUCUGUCUGGAGCUGGUGAACCGGCACGUGUACUCGGGCAGCGCCGACAGGACCGUCAAGUGCUGGCUGGCAGACACGGGCGAGCGUGUGCGCACGUUCGCGGCCCACAGACACAGCGUGAGCGCCCUCAAGUACCACGCGGGCACCUUGUUCACAGGCAGCGGGGACGCCCGCGCGCGCGCCUUCGACGCCCAGUCUGGAGCGCUGCGGAGGGUGUUCCGCGGCCACGCCUUCAUCAUCAACUGCAUCCAGGUGCACGGCCAGGUGCUCUACACGGCCUCGCACGACGGCGCGCUGCGCCUCUGGGACGUGCGCGGCCUCCCGCGCGCCCCGCCGCCGCGUCCGGUCGCCCCCAAGCGCAGCCUCUCGCGCCUCUUCAGCAACAAAGUGGGUUGCGCCGCCGCCGCGCCCCUGCAGCCGGCCUGAGACGCCCCGACCGGCCGCCCACGGACCCGCGGAGGGAGCGCGGCCCGCCGGCACCGGGGGCUCCGAGGGCAAGGACCGGGGCGGCGGUGGUGCCUGUCCUC